AUGUUCCCCCUCUCCCUCCUCUUCCUCGUCCUCCUCCCCCUCACAACCGCCCAAUCCCCGGACCCCUACACAAACCUCCCACCCCCCUCCUCCCCAGGCCUCUUCACCGCCAGCACCCGCAUCCUCAUCUCCAACACCAGCGUGCCCGCCGCCUGGGCCGCACUGACCGAUUUCCCCGCCUACGCCGCCUGGAACCCCUUCGUGCGCGCCGCCAUCGUCGUCUCGCCGCUCAACACCACCCUGCAAGACCAGUUCCCCGUCGAGGGCAAAAACUUGUUUCUGCGCACUCAAAUCCCCCCGCUGGACUUGCCGGUUGCGCGCGACACGAGGGAUCGCCCGCUCGCGACGCAGUAUGCGUAUGAGAGGAUUACGCAUGUGCAGCCGCGGCUGGGGCGGUUGUGCUGGGAGUAUGCGGCGGAUGCGCUGGUACGGGCGGAAAGGUGGCAGGCGGUGAGUGAGGUUGGGGACGGGGUGGUGCUGUAUGAGAGUCGGGAGGUUUUUGAUGGGGCGUUGGCGGGGGUGGUGAAGAAGGGGUUUGAGCGGGAUUUGCAGCGGGGGUUUGAGGCGCAGGGGCUGGGGCUGAAGAUGUUGUUGGAAGGGCGGGUGUAG